AUGCACGGGUCGCCUUCCUCCGAGAUGGGAGAUGCGUCCGCGGUGGACAUUGUGGACAUCUUUGAGUCCCUGCGGGAGCGGCAGCGGCACGACAGCGAGAGGUCCUCCUGCAGCACCCUGGAGCUGAACGACAUCGAGGCCGUGGAGGCCCUGGUCUGCAUGAGCUCCUGGGGACAAAGGUCCCAGCAAGGGGACAGCCUCAGGAUAAGGCCCCUGACGCCCUUCUCAGACUCUGGGGACUGCACGAUGCAGGCCGAGGCCGUGGCCGAGCUGCCGAGGGACUGCUUGGCCACACUGUGCAUGACCCCUCCGCACAGCCCGGACUGCGGGGAAAGCCUGCCCGCCCUGGGGCUGCCCUCACAGCUGCCCUGCUGCAGGACUGUGGCACCAAACAGCACUGCCCCUGCCUGCCAACGGCCGGCUGCUGGUGGCAGGGAGAGGCUGGGCACAGCCUACGCCCCCUGGCCCUGCAGGGCCAUGGCCGCCAGCGUCAUCCGGCACACCGGGGACAGCCCUGCCUGCUACCAGCCUGAUGAGGGCACAGAGUGGGCAGAGCUGAGCCCAGGGGCCGCCCCCAGGCCACCCCAGCUCACGUCUGCUGCAGAUAACCCAGCUGGCAGCACCUCUCCAGGGCACCAACGUUCUACAGGUGACUCCAGCAACCCAGUGAGCAAGGAGGGAGCGCCCCCAGCCCGGCCUGCGUCCCCCAAGAGCUGUGACAGUAACUUGGCGAAGAGAGGCACCCCGGUGGCACCCACUCCCGCUGCCAGUGCCCCGGUGCUGUGCCAGAUGAUCCCCAUGCAGGGGCACGGCAGCGUGGUUGGGGCCUACAUCAAGCCCGCAGCGGUGCCCAGCGCCAUGCAGUCCCUGCUGCCGCCCAGCCCGGUGCUGGUGGGGCCUUCCGUGCCCCAGGGCACCGUCAUGCUGGUGCUGCCCCCGCCCGCCACCGCGCGCCCGCCCCACUGCCCGCCGGCACUGCUGACUGUGGGCAGCACCAAGCUGCUGCCCCUCGCUCCCGCCCCUGUCUUCAUUGCCUCCGGGCAGAGCUGCCCCCCGGCUCCGCUGGACUUCUCCCGCCGCAGGAACUACCUCUGCAGCUUUCCCGGCUGCAAGAAGACCUACUUCAAGAGCUCCCACCUCAAGGCUCACCUGCGCACACACACCGGAGAGAAGCCGUUCAGCUGCAGCUGGGAGGGCUGCGGGAAGCGCUUCGCCCGCUCGGACGAGCUGUCCCGGCACCGCCGCACCCACACCGGCGAGAAGCGCUUCGGCUGCCCCCUGUGCCAGCGCCGCUUCAUGCGCAGCGACCACCUCAGCAAGCACGCCCGGAGGCACGGCACGGCCCGGCGGGGACCCGCCUGGACCGCCCCCGCCCCGGGCACUGCCACCGCCGCGCAGCCACCGCGCCGCGGCCCAGCCGCACCGGCCCCCAGCCAGCCUUAG